CUAAACUACACAUAUAUAUAUAUCCUGAUCCAUCCUUUCCUAUUCUUCGCUUCCGUUGAACAUCGAACCAAACCUCUUUCUCCUCCUACUUUCAACGCUCUUCGCCGUCGCAAAUCAUCACCACAACGCUUUUUCCGGCCACCGGAGCUCUCGCCGGUGUUGUAGGUUUUUUUACCAGUACCUGUAUGCCUAGAAAAUUUUCUACUGGUCAUGGCAUCAAGAUCAUGCACAAACUUAUUGGAUUUGGCUUCUGGGGACCUACUUGAUAUCCCUCAAACUCCUAGAUCUCUUCCAAGGGUAAUGACUGUACCUGGAAUUAUCUCUGACGUGGAUGCUGAUUCCGAUGGGACUUCAUCAGUUUGUCGUGAGAGGAAAAUUAUAGUAUCAAAUAUGCUUCCUUUGCAUGCUCAAUGGGAUGCAGAAACUGCCAAAUGGUGCUUCAGCUGGGAUGAGGAUUUACUGCUAUUACAAUUGAAGGAUGGCUUUUCACCUGAGACUGAGGUUAUAUAUGUGGGUUCCCUCAAGGUUGACAUAGAUGCCAGUGAACAGGAAGAAGUUGCCCAGAAACUUCUUGACAAUUUUAAUUGCGUUCCCACCUUCCUACCCCAUGACCUUCAGGAAAAGUUCUAUCAUGGUUUCUGCAAACAGCAACUAUGGCCUCUAUUUCAUUACAUGCUACCUAUGUGCCCAGAGCAUGGUGACCGCUUUGAUCGCCAAUUUUGGCAGGCCUAUGUGUCUGCAAAUAAAAUAUUUGCAGAUAAAGUUAUGGAAAUAAUUAAUCCUGAAGAUGAUUAUGUUUGGGUUCAUGAUUAUCACCUCAUGGUUCUCCCUACUUUCUUGAGGAAGUGCUACAAUCGUGUCAAGCUAGGAUUCUUUCUGCACAGUCCAUUCCCUUCAUCUGAAAUUUAUCGAACUCUACCUGUUAGAGAUGAAAUUCUGAAAGGAUUACUGAAUUGUGAUUUAAUUGGUUUUCAUACAUUUGAUUAUGCCCGUCACUUCCUGUCAUGCUGCAGUAGAAUGCUAGGUCUGAAUUAUGAAUCUAAGCGAGGAUAUAUUGGGCUUGAUUACUUCGGUCGUACAGUGUUCAUUAAGAUUCUGCCUGUGGGUAUUCAUAUGGGUCAACUUGAAUCUGCACUGAGUCUUUCUUCUACAUCUAUCAGAGUCAGAGAGAUUCAGGAGCAGUUUAAGGGGAAAAAGGUGAUUAUUGGUGUUGAUGACAUGGACAUAUUCAAAGGCAUCAGUCUGAAACUACUAGCAUUUGAACUGCUCUUGCAGCAGCAUCAGGAGUUGAAGGGUCAAUUAGUCUUGGUUCAAAUAGUAAACCCUGCUAGGAGCUCAGGAAAAGAUGUGCAGGAAGCAAAAAGAGAAACAUAUUCGACUGCCAAAAGGAUCAAUGAUGUUUAUGGAUCUCCUGAUUAUGAGCCAGUAAUUUUGAUCGAUCGUCCCGUUGCUCGUUAUGAAAAGACUGCCUAUUAUGCUGUGGCGGAAUGUUGUAUUGUGAAUGCAGUGCGUGACGGUAUGAACUUAGUUCCUUACAAGUAUAUAGUUUGCAGGCAGGGCUCACCAGAAACGGAUAAAGCCGUGGGUAUGAAGACAGAUUCGCCUCGCACAAGCAUGCUUGUUGUGUCUGAGUUUGUAGGCUGUUCACCUUCUCUAAGUGGAGCAAUUAGGGUUAACCCAUGGGAUAUUGAUUCUGUGGCUGAGGCUAUGAAUUUGGCAAUCACAAUGCCUGAUUCUGAGAAGCACUUGCGGCACGAUAAGCAUUAUCGAUAUGUUAGUUCUCAUGAUGUGGCCUAUUGGGCUCGCAGCUUUGUGCAGGAUUUGGAGAGAGCAUGCAAAGAUCACUACAGUAAGCGCUGCUGGGGAAUUGGUUUGGGACUGGGCUUCAGGGUUCUUUCACUUUCUCCAAGUUUUAGAAAGUUGUCUAUUGACCACAUUGUCUCGGCAUAUAAAAGGGCAAAGAGAAGGGCUAUAUUUCUGGACUAUGAUGGUACUGUUGUUCCUCAAAGCUGUAUUAUUAAAAGCCCCAGCCCUGAACUUACUACUGUUCUCAAUACUCUAUGCAACGACCCAAAGAACACAGUCUUUAUUGUUAGCGGGAGGGGAAGAAGUUCACUGAGUGAGUGGCUUGCUCCAUGUGAGAGGCUGGGAAUAGCUGCUGAACAUGGGUACUUCAUUAGGUGGAAUAAAAACUCUGACUGGGAAUCCUGUCCCUCGACUGCAGACCUCGAUUGGAAGGAAAUUGUGGAACCUGUAAUGAAGUUAUACACUGAGGCAACUGAUGGCUCUAACAUUGAAAUUAAAGAGAGUGCACUAGUGUGGCACCAUCAAGAUGCAGACCCUGACUUUGGAUCUUGCCAAGCCAAAGAAAUGUUGGGCCAUUUGGAAAAUGUACUUGCAAAUGAACCAGCUGUUGUCUGCAGUGGCCAACAUAUUGUUGAAGUCAAGCCACAAGGACUAAGCAAAGGGUUGGUUGCAGAGAAGGUUCUCUCAACAAUGGUUAAUUGUGGGGAUCCACCAGACUUUGUGAUGUGUAUUGGGGAUGAUAGAUCAGAUGAAGACAUGUUUGCGAGCAUAUUAAGUACAGUUGCUCGGCCAUCCUUGCGUGUAGCUCCUGAGAUAUUUGCCUGUACUGUUGGGCAAAAGCCAAGCAAGGCCAAAUAUUAUCUUGAUGAUGCUGCUGAUGUGGUGCGAUUGCUUCAAGGCCUUGCAAAUGCUUCAAGUCCAAAACCUAUGCGUAUUGCCCAAUUCCAUGUUUCUUUUGAUAGCGUGUUUUGAGUUGAACAGCGGAGUAAUGACAGAUGAUUUUGCAUUACCUGGAAGAUUCCCUUUUAUAGAUCGAAAAAAGGUAUUGCCUUUUUUUUUUCUCUCUUCCUUUUUCUAAAUUUAAUCUGAUGCAUGGUGUUGAACCUUGGCCUUGAUGGUGAGUUUUUUGGAUCAAUAUGGAGGGACACCAACAGAAUUGCCGGUGUAUGAAGCUUAUUCAAGUAAAUCACCUUUUUCCGAGUACAGUUUUGUGACCAUUACUGGUUAGAAGGCAGCGUUCAAUUGUAUAGGUAACGAUGUUUUUUCUUUUUCUAAUGCACCAAUAUCAGAUUGAUCAAAAACUCUUUCUUUCUUUUUUUCCUUUUGAGAACUGUUAAUCAUAUGAAAUUAUGUUUAAAAAUAUGGUUAUUGAAUUCUUCAAAAUGGCUGAAGAAUGUUAAUGACAUGUCCUUGUAAAUACUAAUAUUCAUAUUUUUUCUGUUUGAUUACUUAAAUUCUGUUUAGGCCUGAUUUGAUGUUCAA